CCCACCGCCUCUCGAUUCCUGCGCCACACCGUCCUCAGGCUCCAGAGGACUUUGGAAGAGUGCCCCAGAGGAAUCGCUUGGCAGCGGCGUGCCAGAAGCCCCCGGGAGGCACGGCCGUCCGCUUCCCACACUUUGCUGCGCACUUUCUUGUGGUGCACCGGGACUUAGAACUGUCACCAGGCGGGUGGAUGCGGGCGCGAUGGACAGCGGCGCACUGUCCCGACUUGUGCCCACCUCGCCUGCGGUCCCUGGUGCCUGCGGUGUCCGACGGAGACCCAAGUCCCCCGAACUGCUGCGCUGCAGCCGGCGGCGGCGGCGGCCAGGAUCGGCAGAGGCCGGGGGCGGCGCGGCAGCAGUGGCGCGGCGCAAUGAGCGUGAGCGCAACCGCGUGAAGCUUGUGAACUUGGGCUUCCAGGCGCUGCGGCAGCACGUGCCGCACGGGGGCGCCAGCAAGAAGCUAAGUAAAGUAGAGACGCUGCGCUCAGCUGUGGAGUACAUCCGCGCGCUGCAGAGCCUGCUGGCUGAGCAUGAUGCGGUGCGCGCCGCGCUGGCCGGGGGUCUGCUGGCCCCGGCUGCGCGGCCUCCUCCGCCCCGCGGGCCGCCUGAGACUCCCCCCAUCGCUGCCUCGCCCUCCUGCGCCUCUUCGUCCCCUGGCCGCGAAGGCAGCUCGGAACCUGAGUCCCCUCGUUCGACCUACUCAUCCGAUGACAGCGGCUGCGAGGGCGAAUUGAGCCCCGCGGAGCGCGAGCUCCUAGACUUCUCCAGCUGGUUAGGGGGCUAUUGAGUGCCUUGGCGCCCUACCCCCGGUUUAAGCCGCAGUCCAGGAGGCCCGACGGCAAGCAUGCCUAGCAGCGAGCUCACCGUCAUUUGGGAGCCGCAUGGUGGGCCAGGGACGCCGCCGACGCUGCCUUGUUGGGUCCAGACUCACCCAGUGCCAGCGAGGAAACUACCCCUCUACGGACUGGCAUCGGCCUCUGAGCUCCCCCAAUAGGGCGUCAACGCUUGGAGAACUUUCCCGCGGAGUUUUAUAAGGACAGAGCCUAUUUUUUACGCUUUAACUUGAAUUGCCGCCGGGACUGCUGAAACCUUGAAGACUGAUUUUUGUACAAAGGAUCGUUAUGGAUGGAGCACAAUAAAAAUCGCCUGUCCUCCCCCCACCCCCCCUACCUGGAAUUUCCAACCUGGCCAAGGUGUGGUCCUAGCAGCCCCUGAAGGCAGGGUGCCUGGUGGGACUCCCCUCCUCUGAAGCCCAGCCUAGGGAGGGUGCUUGGUUGCUUGGGCCCACUGACUAGCUGACCUGGGUGAGAACACCUGUUUUAACCGAGGUGAAUA